AUGAAGGGAGGUUCACCCACCACCGACGCCAAGCCGAGCGAGCACACACAACCAUCACAACAGGUGCUUUGCUCAGAUUCGCCCUCCAGCGACGAAGAUGCCAACCCGCCAGCCCCGGCCGGGCAUCACCAGCCCAAGGACGACAGCGAUGCGGAGAGCAUAGGCGGACAGCGCAACACAAUGUCGCGGAAGCGCAUGCUCCUCGCCUUCUCGGCGCUCUCCGUCUGCCUCUUUGUCUCCUUCAUCGACCAGACCAGCGUCUCGACCGCCGUGCCGGCCAUCGCGGAGGACCUCGACACCGGCACGGCCACGUCGUGGAUCGGGACGUCGUUUCUCAUCGCGUCGACUGCCUUUCAGCUCAUCAACGGGCGGCUGUCGGACAUUUUUGGCCGCAAGAAUCUGCUCAUGGUUUGCCUGGUGCUCAUGGCGGUCGGGGACAUUCUUUGUGGCUUCUCGAGGACCAAGGAGCAGCUUUUUACGUUUCGGGCCGUUGCGGGUAUCGGGGGCGGCGGGAUUAAUAGCAUUCUCGGCGCCGUCCUCGCCCUCGCAAACGGCGUCGGCCCCUUUGUCGGCGGCGCCGUCGUCCAAGAAUCGACCUGGCGAUGGGUCUUUUGGAUGGUCCCCAUCAUCAGCGCCCCGGCCGCCGUCACAAUCCUCUUCUGCCUCCCGUUGAAGCAUCGACCCGGCACCUACGCGGAAAAGGUCAAAAAGAUUGACUACGGCGGCAUCGCGCUGAACAUGGCCUCGACCCUGCUUCUUCUCGUACCGCUGUCCGGAGGCGGCGUGACGUACCCGUGGUCGUCGCCCUUUGUCAUCGCGGGCGUCGCCGUGGGUGCCGUCCUGGCAGUCCUCUUUGUGCUCUACGAGUGGAAACUGGCAAAACUCCCGAUUAUGCCUCUCCGCCUGUACCAGGCGCCGCACUGCAGCGCGCUCUUUGGGCAGACGUUUCUCAUGGGCCAGGCGUACUUUGGCAACCUCUUUUACCUGCCAAUCUACUUCCAGUCCAUCCUAAACUACCCGCCCCUGGUUUCGGGCGCCCUCAUCCUCCCCGUCAUCAUCACGACCUCGGCGCUGUCCAUCCUCUCUGGGCAGUAUAUGCUGCGGGUCGGACGAUACAUGCCCUGCAUCCUCGCGGGCUUCUUCCUCUGGACGCUGGGCAACGGGCUGACCGUCCUCUUUGGCCGGGACACGGGGUUGGGAAAACUGAUUCCGAUCCUCAUCGUCGUGGGCGCGGGUAUAGGGCUGACGCUGCAGCCGACGCUGGUGGGCAUGUACGCCAACUCGCGCAGCGAGGACCGGGCCGUGACGACGGGGUUGCGGAACUUUGUACGCACCAUUGGGGGCGCGUUCGGGCUGGUGGUGUCGGGCGUGAUUUUGUCCAACACGCUGAGGCGGGAGCUCCACGGCAAAGACUUUGUCUCGGACGCGGUGAUUGCGGAGCUCACUUCGUCAACGUAUACACUGGAUCAGAGGGGCUUUUCUGAUGCGGAGAAGGUGGUCAUUUUGGAGGCGUAUAUGCAGGGUUUGCAUUAUAUUUUUGUGUACUAUGUCAUCUGCUCUGGUCUCAGUUUGGUGUUGACGCUCGGCGUUGGGAAUACGGGGUUGAAGGCGAAGAAGCCGUCGGGUCCGUCCGAUGAUGCUUCGGAGGGUCCGAACGGAGCGUUGGCGGAUACUCCGACUAACGAUGGCGAGAAGGCGGAUGAGCGCUAG